CGGAGAAAAUCACUUGUGUUCGAUACGCAUUUCUCGGGUUUCACGCCUCUUCAGCAUACGAAAGACGAUGACUGCUAUGUUGAUGUGAUCGCAGUAUCGGGUCUCGGCGGACACGCGUUCGGUUCCUUCAAAGAAAGACAUGGGUCCUUUAUGUGGCUCCGUGAUGCUCUUCCGAUAGACUUUCCCAGGGCAAGGAUCUUAAUAUAUGGAUAUGACACUCGACUCAUUCGAAGCAAAUCAUUUCAGAAUUUAACGGACUUGGGCAAAGCUCUUCAAAUCGACAUGAAAGGCAUUCGGCAGCUCACCCAAAUUCGUCACAUAGUUUUCAUUGGACACAGCCUCGGUGGUCUUGUUAUUAAAGAGGUUUGUUCACAGGCCAUAGUCAAGUUGAAAGAAGAAUUGGACAAAAAAGACGCAUCAAUACUGAGGUCUACUUCUGGAUUCCCCCUUUCCGGUGUUCCUCACCAAGGGAUGGCUGUUGAAACACUCGUUCCUUUGGUUAAAGACUACCCCAACAGGGGUCUUCUUGAGUCGCUCAAUAAAAACUCAGCACUCCUUCAACGCCUCGAAAAGGACUUUAGAAAUGCAUUCGGCACAGAACGUCCUCAAAUUGUCUCCUUCUACGAAACGGAGAAUUCCCCCACUGCAGUCGAGACAGGAAACGGCAAAUGGGAACUCUCCGGAGAUCCUAAAGUGUUAGUCGACGUCUCGUCCGCGACAUGCGGCAGUAAGCGUCAACAUCCGAUUAACCGCAAUCAUUCUGAGAUGGUGAAAUAUAACAACCAAUACGACGAGAUCUACACCCGUGUUCGGAUAGCUCUAAAGCCACUAAUAAGAAGAUCA